CGGUGGCCAAUGAGGGGGCGUGGCGGCCGGCGGAGCGGGCCGGGCGGAUAAACAGCGGCGCCGCGGCUGGCGCUCCGCGCCCGCCCCCCCUCCCCCUCCGCGCGGCCCCUUCCCUCGCAGCGCGGCAAGAUGGCGGCGCGCGGCGGCGGCGGGAACAUCCAGAUGCUGCUGGAGGCGGCCGAGUACCUGGAUCGGCGGGAGCGAGAAGCGGAGCACGGCUACGCCUCGCUGCUCCCCUACGGCGGCGGCGGCAAGGACGGCGAGGCCCUGCGGCGCCGCGCCAAGGCCAAGAAGAGCAGCAGCAGCAGCAGGUCAACACACAACGAGAUGGAGAAGAACAGGCGUGCCCAUCUGCGCUUGUGUUUGGAGAAGCUGAAAGGGCUGGUACCACUUGGACCUGAAUCCAGCAGACAUACUACCCUGAGUUUACUAAAAAAAGCUAAAUUGCACAUAAAGAGGCUUGAAGAGUACGACAGAAAAGCAGUACACCAAAUAGACCAGCUGCAGCGGGAGCAGAGGCAUCUGAAAAGGCAGCUGGAGAAACUGGGCAUAGAAAGAAUAAGAAUGGACAGUAUAGGAUCUACCGUUUCUUCGGAGCGCUCCGACUCGGACAGAGAAGAGAUUGACGUGGAUGUUGAAAGCACAGACUACCUACCCGCAGACCUAGACUGGAGCAGCAGCAGCCUGAGCGAUUCGGACGACAGGGGCAGCCUGCAGAGCGUCUGCAGCGACGAAGGCUACUCCAGCUCGGGCGUUAGGAGAUUGAAGUCACAGAACAACCACAAGCCUUGUCUCGGUCUAUAAGAAGCAACUCCCGUAGCCGUUUCCUCCAUUGCUGUUUCCCUCUUGGAUCUCGUUAGGUAGUAUAUCGGACCGUCCCACAAUUCUCUUGCACGUAAAUCUAACGUACCACCGACAUUACUGAAGUCAGCUUUGCCUAAGUCCCGAAACAGUGCGUAGGGUUGUGGGUUACAAGCUACUCUCUGGAGCACACAUCCGAUGGCAUCCACUAGCUUCUCUUCCUGUCAGCAAGCUCAUCUCCGCGAGACCGUACAUUCCAACCACAUUUCCAAGCGCCCGAGAAUAUUUUAGCAGUAACAGCGACCUAAAAAAGCCUCUGCUUUUUUGCUUUUUUGGGGGGCUUGCUGUUACUGUCUGGUAUUCUAGAUGUACUUUGUAUUUGCCUAGCGACAUAACGUAUCCAAUAAUCAGAAAUAGGGCCCAAGGGUAACGUGUUUGGGCAACGCUCUGAAGGGAGAGCCGACCUAAUAGUUAGUUUAGAUCUGGCAGCGGGCGGAGGGAAGUCUGGGAACGGCGCGCGGAGCAUUUCGGCCGCCUCACGUCUCUGACGCGCGUGAUAAUUGCACUGUGAAAUGCCGGAGCGUUAAUUUGAGGACUUAUCUCUAAAUAUUCAGGGUAGUAGCGUAACCGUAUGACCUUCGGCCCGGUCCUGCCGUCUUACUGCAGCUCCCACCGAUUUUUGAAGGCCGCGGUGGAAAAGCGGGAGAGAUCCCGCCAAGGCCGCUCUCGCGUUAGCGACCGCCCGGAAACGGUGGGAGUUGUGGCGACGGCAGGGCCGCGGGGACCGAUCUCGGGAGGCUUCGAGCGCCCUCUGCAAAAAGAAAGGCGCUUCUCCCCGCAAAACCGGGCCGCGGGACCUCGGCGAGGGGGCCGUCGCUCCCCCUCCUGCCGAGCCUUCGAGGGGACGUCUUCAGUUUUUACACAUCUCGGAAGUUUCUUGCAUACCUGAAACCAAAUGGUACUAUACUUCUCCUGUGCAAUUUAUGACCUCGUGCAUUACAGCCGCAUAUUGCUGUUCUAGGCAAGUUUUCCUAGAAGCUUGUUCACGCGUCUUGUCUCUGGGACAAUUUUUUCUACCUCAGAGAGAUGAACAAAGAUUAUCUCAAUCCCUUUAGCACAAAAAUAAUUAUGCCUCAUUUGUCUUAUAGAAGCGAUGCUUGGUCCCGUUGGAAUCUGUUACGCGAAAGCGAGCAAUAACUGAGGGAUGAGGGUAGCUGCGCUACCUCCGGCUGUCCGCGGUCGAAAAGGGCACGUUUUACACCAUGUUGCUCGAUAGUAAGUUACUGCAGUUAUUCAGCAGAGUGUUAUUGGCAUUUAAGCACUUCUUCAGCUGGUUGAGUUAUUUUUAGGCGCUCUAAAAUUGGUUCGCUAAGGAUUUUGGUUGCCACCUUUGAGAGAGGGAAGGAAAAAAAAAGAGAGACAGAAAACAAAACACCCUUCCCUUCCCCCCAAAGCUGUGGUUUCAAACCUUGCAACACUUUCAUUUAAGCUAACUAGAGCACAUGUAAAUGUACAUAAAACACAUGAUCUAUAAAUAGUAUUUAUUCAUUUUAUAUGAAACUAAUGUAAUGGAGAUACAUUCUUAUGACUUUGUGCUUUUAUAGAUGUUCUGGAAACUUUGUACGUAGCGGUCUGCUAACCGAGAUAUAGAGAUUUCUUCUGUCCUUUUUGCUUGAAACAUUUUAAGGUCUUUCUAUUCAGCCCACUUGGCAAACCUUUCGCCGUGAAUAUUAAACACUCGAUUCCAGGAAUGCGACCAACUCGCACAAGGUGACCAGAGAGGCCCUACCAUUCAGCUAAAAGCAACUUUGCUAUUAAAGGGCUACAUAGCUUAUUUAGCGAUAGGCAACAAAAAUGGGCUUUCGUACUUGUCUGCAGUCUUUAAAAAAUAAUUUUAAAAAAUGCAAUUUCUAGGACUUUGCUAGUCAAGCUGCCAAAAGCCACUCAGACACUCUGUAAAGUGCAAAUGAAUGAACUAUAUAAAACUUGAUUUUUUUUUUUUUUUAAAGUAUCUUUAAGCUAUUUUUGGAUCAUUUGAACUCUUUGAAAAGCAAGUGGAUGGGAGACGGGGCUAGUGGAUUGCUAAAAUCUCCAAAGUAUAUUCUCUUUUUGUGUGUGCUAAGUUUUAAAAGAGAAAAAAAAAGAUUUUUUUUUAAACGGCUGGAAUUUUCACACGUCCAGCAGAUUUGCACUGAACUACAACUCGUAUGCCUUUUGCAUUUGUACGCCUGCUUCCCGAGUCCGAGCAGAGAAUCUUCAGAGAGCUAGCUCAAACCCUGUAAGCUUAACAAAAUAAAGACAAAAAGUCGAAUAUCUGCACUUUGGGGUCCUUUGCUCCAAUACAUUUUUGCUCGAGAGACCUCUCUAGCUUUUCUGUUCCGAGUGUCGCCUAAACUGCCUCACAACUCCGAACCUAGAGUUGCAGAUAUUGCCACCUUUCUCAAGGUGAAAGUCACUUUAGACUUUUGGAAAGCAUCGGAGGGGUAAAUUAGAGAUACAAAAUUGUGUACUUUGUUUUUCAUUUAGAUGUACCAAGUCUUAAGGUUUCGACUCUGUGUUUUUGUUGUUUUUUUUUUUUAAUUGUUGUGCCUUUUUGAGUUAACUGCAUUCUUUUUUUGGUGAAAUACUGUGUGGUUUUUGUCCCGAUAUAAACCAGUAAUUAUUUGACCUUUGCACUGUUUGGAUGUGGUCCUCUCGAUCUCGAUGGCAUAGAAAAUUUUGAACUUUUGAAAACGAUGCACUAAUGUCAAACUGACACAAGGGUAAAUAUGGUGUUUUUUCCAAAACUUUGGGCGAGGGAAGCACACUCUGCCGCUCGGGGCUCCGCGGCCGCGGUCGUCUCGACCCGGGACCGUCUCCGGCAGCUUCAGGUCUCCCCAGGUCCUCCCUCAGCGGUCGGCGAGCCCAGCCCCGGGCGGCCGCGUCUGCUCCUGAGGUUGCAGAAAUGGUAGCACUGUUCUCUGUUUUGCCAGCCUUUUUCUCGAAUUCACUGAUCCACCAGCAUUAUUAAGAAAUAAGCUGCAGAAAUUAAAUUUUUGUAGAUUGUUAUAAAGGGGGAGUGAGGAGCAACUCGCGUACCCCAAGUUUACGACUGAUAGUUGCACAGAUGUGUGUGAGUAUAAAACACGCCUUUCUUUUUUUCUUUUUUCUUUUUUUUUAAUUUCUGUUUUUUCCUCGCGGAGGGCAGACCAUAAAACGCCGUCCCGGGGCACGGUGCAAACGGUGAAACCAGGCACGUGCUCGCUGGGAAGCGCAAGCGGACGCUCUCGCGCUUAAUCAGAGCAGAGAAAUUACGAUUGCAGUAACUCGCGCGUUGACGAUCGUCCAUCUCCAACGCCCCAAAGUCUUGCUCGUUCCUCGCGAGCUUUUUGCCGAGCUCCCGGAGCCGAACUCGCGCGCGAAGCCGAGCUCGCAGCUCUUCACGUGUCGGGAGUUUCCAGGGUCGCGUAUCGAGUCGAAGAGCGCUUUCAGCGCGGCUCGACGUCCCGCGCGGCGAUGGGAACUCGCCGACGCCCCGGGCGUUCGAGGGCCGGGCUCUGCCGCUUGCCGCCGCAGCACUUUGUCCCCUGCCGCCGCGCCGCUGUCCCCGGCCCCGGCCCGGCUCCGGCUGCGCAAGCGGAGGAGGCGCCGCCAUCCCGGAGGGCGCCGGGGCCUUUCCUCCCCUCCCUGACCGCGACGGGGGAGCGGGACGGGGCGUCUGAAGUACCGUGUAGCAAUAUGUCAGGGCUUCGCCUUCCAGUUCUGCCCCUUUUUUGUAACAAUUUCAGGUUUUGACACUGUACUGUAUUGGGAAGAAUUCUGCUUUUGCCAAGCUACGUGUUUGCUCCCCUGAAAGUGUUAUUUUGUCGCUUGCUCUUGUUGCUGCUUGACCCGAAAGUCGCGUUUUGUUACUUCAAUUGUCUGCUAGUAGAAACAGGUACCCGAUUCCCAAGCGUCGUCGAGCCAUUAAACUCGUACAACAGCUCUGUGAACAGCCAGCUGCGUAGAUGUCGGGGAGGUGGGAGGAAAAGCGUCUAGUCCCGCGCGCAGAUGGCACCUCGCUUUCAGCUCCACGAUGGCCAGUUUCUCAAAAUGUCUGGAACGCGAUAAACCCGAUCUCCUCCCCUCCUCUGGGACAGCCGCAUCGUCCCGUGUUCCUCAAGGCAGGAGAAAAAAUCAAUAGCGGCAUCUCUCUCCCAGUUGCUAUUUGCUGGGGAGCUGUUGCAUGACUUAAAAGCCUUCAGAAAUGUCCAAACCUUGAAUCAGUCUGGAUUUUUUAUCACUUUUACUUGUGCUUUCGUUCGUUCUUUCUUUCUUUGCUUCCGAUUUGACACGAGACCCAAACUCGCUCGUCCUGCUCGCUCGAGCCGGUGCUCUUAGCUGUCGAACCGUCGGCUUUGUUUUUGGCAGUCUUCCGAACAAUAAACACGGACUAAACAGGGGAGCAGCAGAUGGGAGAAUACAAAUUCUGUUUCCAGAUGUUCAGUUCCUAAUGUAAAUACCACAUCAUUAUAAAUCCUGUGUCAAGACCAUAUAAUGGUGCUUUUUAUUACAGUUAGCACAUGCAUUUUUAGAAACUACAUGUUUUAGAAGACCUUGCUGUGUAUAUGUAUACUUCUGUAUUGUUCAACUGUUAGAAAAUAAAUUAUUUCAUUAUUAAAGAGAA